GACGGGUUACUUUGGAUACAAGAUAAUAUACGUUGGAUUUAUAACUUCUAAUAGUUUAGAGGUUCAGCUGGCCCCAUGGUAAAGUAAAGUGUGCGGGAACGUAUAGCUGUUUCAUGGAUCUACGUAAUUACAUGUUUAUAAUAAUUAUAAUAUCCCUGUAUGCACAUAUACCGAGUAUACAAGGCCAGAGCAAUGACUGUUCCGUAGCUCAGUUCUUUCGAACACCAAUAGGCAACAUCACGUCUCCACAAUACCCUGGAGCUUAUGGUCACCAACAAACCUGCAUAUAUUACAUCGAUGUCGCCGACGCGUCGAACAUUAUUUUAAACUUUUUAGUGUUUCACAUAGAGUAUAAGUUAGAUUUUCUGAAGGUGGGGACAGGAUUACAAAUCUACCAGAAUGAAAUCACAUAUGUGGACGAUAUUGAUGGAUUUACCGGCAAUAUGAAUGUCCCACGAUUGGUUUUACAAGGUGGUCAAGCAUGGAUCGUGUUUACAACUGAUAUUAAUAUUAGCGAAGAUGGGUUUUAUAUAACAUACUCAGCUACGA